GUUGCAGCGUUGUUUUCGCAUAUAAUGAAAAUUUUAUUAAAAUCCCAAUGGAUUUAUUAUUAUUUUCAUAAAUGAAACUAGUAUAAGUUUUGGCAAUGGCUGUUUGUGGACUUCGGACAUUGUUAUUAAUUGUUUGCAUAUUAGAAUUGAUAGUAACAAUACAAAGACAAGUGUUUGAUUUCCUAGGAUACAUGUGGUUACCAAUAAUUGCAAAUUUUAUAAACAUUAUUUUAAUAAUAUUUGGAUCAUUUGGCGCUGUACAGUAUAUUACAAAGUAUCUUCUUGCAUAUGCAAUAUGGAGUUUCAUGUGGUUAACGUGGAAUAUAUUUUUAAUUUGUUAUUAUUUGAAUCUCGGAAUUCUCAAUAGGGAAAGUGGAUUGUUAUCCUUAGGGACUGGAAGUGUUAGCUGGUGGGAAGGGAACGGCUGGGGAUGUCAACCAGUCUGGGGUGAAGCCGAUGGGCCCGGUACGUGGAGGCCAGCAAGAGUUGAAGGAUGCUUUUUCCAAUGGCAUUAUGUAGAGAUGGCACAGUCUGCAGUGGCAGCAACACUCACUGCUACAGCAUUGCCACUCACUAUUUUAUUAACAUAUAGAUCUUUUAAGAAACAUAACACAGUUGUAGAUAAAGGAACAUUAUCUCGCCGCCCAGUUUAUACCAUAGAAUUAAGUCCCACCGAAACAAAUGUAAGUGAAAGCUCUCUUAAACCGAUGACACCUCGCCGAGUUAAACGUCGCUCAGGUUCUAGGGGAGCCGGCUCAUCCGUACGAAGAUCACGUAGAUCAUAUCGAAAUGCCGGUUACUUAUCCUCCAAUGCGUCUCUGCCACACGAAUCUCGACCGUCGCGACCCACCUCUGCACAUUCGUCAUACUCCAACUUCCACGGCACUAGACCCUCCUCGUACCACCCCGUGCUAGAUCGGGAAUCGAUCACGCGCUCCCAGGAAGUCUAUGACCCACCGCCGCCGAUGGAAUCUAUCCCAACGAUCAGUACCAGGAGCGAUACAAUUAGACGAUGCAAAAAUACGGGUAGAGAUGUCGUUGGGCCGUACAACGAACCGAACGGCAGCACCGGGCGCGUGUACGAAGGCGUGGUGAGCUACGAGGGCGCGGCGGCCUGCGAGUCCCCGUCGUACGAGGCCGGCGGGUACGCGUACGGCGGCGCGUGGGAGCCGCCCCCGCAGGCGCCCGGCCCGCCCGCCUACCAGUCCGUGUACCAGCCCGCCGACGACCCCUACUACUUGCGGCUCAAUGUUAACAACAAGUCUUCGUAGCAUGUUUUUCUUUUAUAUUGUUAAGUUUAAUGCGUAUGUGACUUAAGUAGCUAUUAUUUUUAUAUUUACCUAUUUUAAUGUUAGUUUUACUUUAGAAUCUCUUUAAAGUCGUUGCCGUUGUUGUAUGAGAUACAUUCCUUGAUGACUAUUUAGUAUAAGCUUUAAUAUAUUAGUGACAUAUAGUUAUAAAUUAAAACAGGAAGUUGUAAGAAUAAUUUUGGUUGAAGUCAAAAAGGUAGAAGUAUCUAUUUUUUUCAAAUUACAAAUCUAUGUAAUUAGAUCUGUUUUCUUGUUAUGUAAUAAUUACAUGCAUUGUUAUUGUAUUAUUGUAAGACAUUGUGUUAAGAGUGGACUAUACACUGAGUGACAAUAUUACAAGAAGCACGCACACAAUUGUAUAAGACAUAAUUUUAACCAGUAACUGGAACAUCAAUUUGUCACGAAUUUUUCUUUACUUUCUAGUUAACUUGCCAUAUCACUUCAUACUUACUUUAAUAUUUAAUUAUUUUACUGGAGACUUUUUUAUAUGAUUUCCAUUUCUUAAUUUUCAUAUUUAAUAGAAUAUGUUUAAUAUGCAUUGAACCAGUUUUAUAUGAUUUCAUUAUUUCAUCAAUUCAUAAAAAUUGUUAAAAAAGUCAUUGAAAAAUGAAGCCGUCCAUUAGUAUAUCAAUUUUAAAUAAGUCUGAGAUUGUAAGAUAUAUACAAGCAAUUUUUGUCUCUAAGAAAUUUAUACACACACAUGCACAAAUAAUUAUACAAACUUUUACACAUUUUUAGUCAGACACAUAAGUUUUACAUUCCUAAAUCACAUUUGGACCAUAAUUUAUAAGUAAAAUACAAAACGAGCUUUAUUAGAGUAAGGGUAAUUAUAUUGUUUUUAAAAA